AUGCCCGCGGUGCGUUUGAAGCGCCGCCGUCCGGCGGGUCCGCGGCGUCGGCUGCGUGACGUCGGGCGGCGGCGGCGCCGAGCUGCAGGGCCCCGCGCUCUCAUGGAGGACGAAGACUGCCCCGACCUGGUGCCGAUAGGCGCCGGCGGCGCGGAGGAGACCGAGUCCGGCCCCGGCAGGAAGAUCCCCGUGACGAUCAUCACGGGCUACUUAGGAGCUGGAAAAACAACUCUUCUAAAUUACAUACUGACAGAACAGCAUAAUAAAAGAAUAGCAGUUAUUCUGAAUGAAUUUGGAGAAGGAAGUGCCUUGGAGAAAUCCCUGGCAAUCAGCCAAGGGGGAGAACUGUAUGAAGAAUGGCUGGAGCUCAGAAACGGCUGCCUGUGCUGUUCAGUAAAGGACAAUGGUGUAAAGGCUAUUGAGAACCUGAUGCAAAGGAGAGGAAAAUUUGACUACAUAUUGUUAGAAACAACUGGUUUGGCAGAUCCAGGAGCUGUGGCCUCCAUGUUCUGGGUUGAUGCUGAGCUGGGAAGUGACAUCUAUCUUGAUGGUAUUGUAUCUGUUGUUGAUGCAAAGCAUGGAUUGCGGCAUUUGACAGAAGAAAAGCCAGAAGGUCUUGUCAAUGAAGCAUCUCGGCAGGUUGCAUUAGCUGAUCUUAUAAUCAUCAAUAAAACAGAUUUGGUUUCAGGGGAAGAACUGAAUAAAGUCAGAACAUCUAUCAGAUCAAUAAAUGGACUUGUUAAAAUUCUAGAGACACAAAGAUCAAGAGUUGAUCUCUCCUAUGUCUUGGACCUGCAUGCUUUUGACAGUUUAUCUGGAAUAAGUUUGCAGAAAAAGCUUGAGCAUGUAAAGACAACACAUGCACAUCUAGAUAAGGGUAUAAUUACAGUAACAUUUGAAGUUCCAGGAAAUAUAAAAGAAGAAAACUUGAAUCUCUUCAUUCAGAAUCUUCUGUGGGAGAAGGACGUGAAAGAUAAGAGUGGGCGCACCAUGGAUGUCAUAAGACUGAAGGGACUGGUAUCUAUUCAAGGCAAAUCUCAUCAAGUGAUAGUCCAAGGUGUCCAUGAGCUCUAUGAUCUGGAAGAGACUGCAGUAGCCUGGAAAGAAGAUGAAAAGAGAACCAAUAGACUGGUGCUAAUAGGCAGGAACUUGGAUAAGGAGACCAUCAAAGAAGUAUUCAUAGCCACUGUGAUAGAGAGACAAGGAAACAGUUGACAUCAAACUACAGAAAAGAUGAAAUGUCUGUGCUUAACCUUGCGAUGUUUUAUGACAGAAAAGUUUGAAUGACAUGCAGGAGUAUUUUAUUAUAGUUUAUUUUUCCUCUUGCAGUUUACACAACAGUUAAACCCUGAAGUCUUCCUGAGAAUCCUGGCUGACCUACUGUUUAAAGAUUAGCUUCUAUGGUCUAGAAUAAAACACAAACAAUUCUUCCAUUUUGGAUUUGUCUUGAGUUAUAUCUGCAGAGAUGCAGAUAGACAAAAGGCUGGUGUUUGUACUGUACUUAAACUAUUACAGUAGGAAUAUGGUAAACAUAUUUGAAGCCUAGUGCUUUCCUCAGCUAAUUCUUUUGUUACUGGAAGUGAAGCAACAGUGAUUACUGCCAGCAGUGUAAUCACAGUGAAAAGUAUUUAGUGGUUAAUAUUAAACUGUUUUCCAUAUA